AUGGAAAGGGGAAGCUUGGCUAGCAUCCUCAGUGGCAAUGAAGGAGCUGUAGAAUUGGAUUGGGUGAAGAGGAUGAGAGUUAUCAGAGGAGUAGCUCAUGCUUUAUCAUACAUGCACCAUGAUCGCAUUCCUCCUAUAGUUCAUCGGGACUUAUCGAGCAAAAACAUUUUGUUGGGUUUCGAAUUUGAGGCCCGUGUCUCUGACUUUGGCACCGCUAGACUCUUAAACCCAGAUUCAUCGAAUUGGUCCAUACUCGCAGGCACUUAUGGAUAUGUAGCUCCAGAGCUUGCUUACACAAUGAGAGUGACUGAGAAAUGUGACGUAUAUAGCUUUGGUGUUGUGGCACUUGAAGUGACAAUGGGAAGGCAUCCUAGAGAUCUCACCUUAUGGUUAGCAACGUCUGGUGGCCAAGAUAUACUGCUGAUGGAUGUGUUGGACCAACGCCUCCCACCUCCCACGCUUCAAGAAAUGAAGGAUUUGGUUUCUACAGCCACGUUGGCACUCACAUGCUUACAUGCCAACCCUCAAUCUCGGCCAUCCAUGCAGCACGUGUCUCAGGAGCUAUCCACUAGCAAGGCACCUCUUCUUGGUGCUUUCCACAUGAUUACCUUGGGUCAACUGUUAGAUGCACGGACAUAA